AUGGCCUCCUCGCGAUUCCCACUCCUAGCAGCGUCGUUUGCGGUUCUGCUCCUCGCCGCGACGAGCUGCACAUUCGCGGCGCGACACCGCCCUGAUGCGGCAAGCACCGCCGCCGUUAAGCCCCCCAAGCCCCUUGCCUGCGCGAAGUCGACUCUCAAGGACUACGCCAAAUCCGUCAAGCUCGCCAAAAGCCUGUUCUUCCACUGGAACAUCACUGACGCCAAGGACGGAAUUAUCGCAGCGCUAGAGGACAAGACUGCCGGGUCGGGCUGGAUCUCCGUGGGCUGGACGGGCAGCGUCGGCAAAAUGUUUCCGUCCGACGUGGUGGUGGGGAAUCACGUGUCGCGGUUCACGGGCAACACGAACGACGUGCUGGCGUACUCGUGGACCGGCAAGACCGACUGGACGUAUUCAAAGGCGGCUGGCGGCUUCACGCUCUCGGAUGUAUCCAUCCUCCGGGGCGUUGGUGGCACGAUUGUCAAGUUCACUCGCACGGGCAAGGGCGGGUCGGUAUCUCAGGCUGUCUCUUACGAUGCGGGCGUUAUCAACAACAUGAUCUGGGCCUCCUCGAAAGCCAGGCCAUUCGGCAAACACACCAAAAGGGGUAGCUUCGCUGUCAACUUUGGGUGCACCGUGUAG